AUGUACGCAAUAGUGAACAAGUUCAAAUAUAAAAGUGGCAAAUCUGAUCCGAGCAUGAUGGUCUUAAAGUGUUGUGGGAACCUGUGUCCGUGGCGUCUCUAUGCUGUACGGCUUAAAGAUUCAGAAUUGUUCGAGAUUAGGAGUAUUAUCAACAAUCAUACAUGUAGUGUUAACGUGCGGGGAGGUUACCAAACCCAAGCAACGGCUUCAGUGAUUGGAGAGCUGAUGAAAACCAAAUAUUGUGGGAUUGGGGCCGGACCAAAGCCAAGGGAAAUUCGAAAGAUGAUGAGAGGAGACCAUGAUGUUUCCAUUUCCUACUGGAAGGCGUGGAAGUCACACGAUCUUGCCAUUGAUAAUUGUCAAGGAAAGUGCACCGAUUCGUAUAUGCAACUCCCCGCAUAUUUGCACAACCUCGUAUUAGCUAAUCCAGGUACCAUAGCUGAUCUCCACACUGAGCGUUCACAGGAUGGUGAAAAUCUUUUCAAAUACAUGUUCCUUGCUCUGGGUGCUUCAAUCAAGGGUUAUGAAGCAUUGAGAAAGGUGAUCGUUGUCGAUGGAACUCACUUGAAGGGGAAAUAUGCAGGGUGUUUGCUUACCGCAUCCGCACAAGAUGGUAAUUAUCAGAUUUUCCCACUGGCGUUUGCAAUAGUUGACAGCGAAAAUGACGUGUCCUGGGAAUGGUUUUUCCAACAUCUAGCAUCAUUUGUGCCUGAUGACCCUCAAUUGGUGAUUGUAUCGGAUAGGCAUCCUUCGAUUUACAAAGGGAUGAACGAGGUAAUGUAA